AGCUAGCUUGAUAACGUCUCAGCAUUUGUAGAUUUUAGUGGAGGCUGCUUAAUGAUGUUGCCGCGGAAAUAGAAAGAUAAUCAACCGUACUAUCUGGAGAAUAUAUAUAACCUUUCAGCUCUGUAACAGGAUGUUGUUUCAAAUACUGCUGGGCUUCCUGUGUGGCGUUAGUGCUGUGGCCACGGACAACAUCACGGCCCAGCAGGGUCCUCUGCCGCUUCUGCUGGUGUCCUUUGACGGAUUCAGAGCCGACUACCUGCAGAGGUUCCCCAUGCCCAACCUGAAGCUCCUGUACAGCCAGGGGGUCCUGGUGGAGCAGCUCACCAAUGUCUUUAUCACCAAGACGUUUCCAAACCACUAUAGCCUGGUGACUGGUUUGUAUGCAGAGUCUCACGGCAUCGUGUCCAGUAACAUGUACGACCCCAUCACCGGAAAGCGCUUCCACCUCCCCAACGACACCGACCCCAUGUGGUGGAGCAAAGCUCAGCCUCUCUGGAUCACGGCGCUCGACUCCGGCUACAAGACGGCGGCCAUGAUGUGGCCCGGCUCCGAAGUGAUCUUCGGCAACCGCACGGCGACGCACUUCUCUCCGUACAACGUGAAUGUGACUUUCCAGCAGCGACUCGGGAACGUGACAAAGUGGAUGUUGGGAAACGGAAAGGAGGAGGGAGUGAAGUUCGCAGCGCUUUACUGGGAGGAGCCAGACCGGUCAGGCCACAUCUUUGGCCCAGAUAACACCACUGCCAUGGGCAAAGUGCUGAAGGAGGUCGACGACAACAUCGGUCUGCUGAUGUCGGAGCUGAAGCGAACCGGCCUCUGGGGUCACAUCAACAUCCUGAUAACCAGCGACCACGGCAUGGCCCAGUGCUCAGCCGAGCGCCUCAUAAAACUGGAAGACUGCCUCCAGCGUGACAGCUACACACCAGUGGACUUGACACCUGUUGCGGCGCUCAUCCCCAAGAACAACACAGAGGCUCUCUUCAACAACCUCACCAAAUGCCACCCUCACAUGAAGGCAUAUUUAAAGAACACCAUCCCCGACAGUUUGCACUACCGGAACAAUGAGCGCAUCCAGCCCAUCAUACUGGUAGCAGACGAGGGCUGGACCAUAGUGCAGCGAGGCAACAAGCUGCCGAGGCUGGGGGAUCAUGGCUACGACAACUCCCUUCCCAGCAUGCACCCCUUCCUGGCAGCGACGGGGCCAAGCUUCCGUCAGGGUUAUCAAAUAAGCAGCUUGCACAGCGUGGACGUUUACCUGCUCAUGUGCCACCUCUUGUCGGUGCGUCCGCGGCCCAACAACGGCACCCUGACCCAGGCUCGGUGCCUGCUGGCUGCUGAGACCUGCUGGGACGCCCCCAUGGUGAUCGGCCUGGUGGUGGGAGUCCUGCUGGUCCUCACUGCAAUCACUGUUCUGUUCAGGUUCCUGAAAGUCCGCCGCCGCUUAGGGCCACGACCCUUCCAGAGGCUGCAGGUCGACUACGACGACGACGACGACCCCUUGUUAGAGUGAACCAUUCGAAGCUGAUCCGUGUUUGUGCUCCAGUAGGUAUUCGACAUGUUGCACUUUACUGUUCUGUGUCACUCCGGCGUCAGCGUGUUCGUGUUUUGUAACACAUGCAGUGAAAAGACGUGUUGUUUAAAAGCCUUCAGGCCUGUUGACGCCUACUUCUGGAGGUAAAGUGAGGAGAGUUAUUGUUAAGACUCCAUAAAGUUACUGUUGUUAAAAAUCCCUGGACUUGAACAUGUGACGGGAAGCCAGUGGUGUCUUGCUGUGGAAUGUAAUUUGUAUUGACUAAAUAUUGUUGGUGGAAGAACAAUGAUAAUGAGAUUUAUUCUGGGAGAAGAAAGGAAAAUUCUAUUUGAGUUACUGAUUUAAGAGAUUACUUGUAUUGUGUUGAUAUAGUUCAUUUAAGUGUGCAUUUUUUGUUGCAUUGUAGUGUCAACUUUUUGUCAACAGAGGGAGCUAGUAGCUCAUUUAAAAUUUAAACUGAAUCUCAUUCAGAUGCUGAGGUUUGAAUGGCAUUACUCUGCAGAUUUCCUUAUGUACUGUCAGUUUCUGAGUUUAUUAGUCUGCAGAAUAAGGGUUUGAAUUUCAUUUGCAUGUUUGAAAGAGAAAUUAAUUACUAACAAUGACUACUAAUGGCUCACCAAGGUGAAAUCUUGUUUUCAGGAGGCUGAUUUCUAUGCAAAUCGUUCACUUCAAGUGUAGAUGUGUCACGCGUCCAUCUGUGCUUCUUCAUGUGACUGAUACCAAAGACUAUUAUUAUUAAGAUGCACAACAGAUGCUCCAGAUAAUCAUUGCUUGGAGAAAAUAACAUCUUAGAGGGAUUUGUGUCACAAAAUUAAAGCAAUAUAAUACCUAUUAUUAGCAUCAAGUGGGAUAGCUGCGCAGUGGAUCACCUAGAUUUAAAAUAGAUCAAAUUCAGGCGGCAGGUUGAAACUUCAAAAAUCAUUUAGGAGGCGUUUUUUAAAAAUGUAUUUAAUUGAUCCGAAUAGACGCUAAGCAGCCACAGGUCUGGUGUCUUUCGGGUGUUGGGAUCAAAAACGGUGGAGUUUUGCUGCUUCAAGGUCACAGGAAAAGUCCGCUUAUAUUCUCUAUUUUUCUUAUUAUACACAAAUCCAAUUUAAAAGACCAAACCCAGCAAUAGAUGCACCAAAUUCGCAAGUAUUUUGUGUUUCAAAGCCACUGUCAUCUAAAAACUAUUAGAAACAUAUCAGGGAGACACACUAUUGCACUGAGGGACACAUUUCUUCAUAUACAAUAGUUAGCUUACACAUACACCCAGUAAUAAUCCCUAUUAUUGAACAUUUCAGUAACAUCUGAUACAUAUUACAAUGCCCAGCUGUUUCAGGAGUUCCAUAAGAUGAUGGAAAUUAUGGGAGACAUUUUUGUUUUUUUGCUCUUUUCAUGGGAUUUGUUUACAAUACCCACAUCAUUGAAUAUUGCAGGCCUUCUCCUUCAAUGCUUGCAUGCUUCUCCAACCAUGUACGUAGUGAUAUGUGUAUAUUCUUCAUGCAUCUUUUUGUGUGUGUAAAUGUAACUCUGGGUACUGAAACAAGCGAAGAGGGAAAAUUUCACGUCCAAACUCUUGCCAUGUUCUGCUCUUUCUUUUGCACUUUUUAGACUUAGAAAUGUAGAAUUUUUUCUUGUAAAGCCCUCUCUUGCACUGUUCAAGAUUCCACAUAAACACACCUGCUCAAAGUUCUCUGCUUACCAAGGAGGAGAAACAUUUUAUAAGUGGUUACAGAAAGAGGAAAAAUGCUUCCCCAUUUCCACCAUAUUCCAAUUUUGGGCAGUUUUGUGCCAUGAAAGAAUUCUCGAGUCAAAUUCAGGGCAGUAGAAUAGUGUAAAACUCAGUAUAUAUGUUUAAAUGCAGCAUCUUUGCUCUCAAUUUGUGUUUGACCAUCAAAGUUACUGUUUUUAGAAGUGUUAAAAAAAAGUCCUUCGUGUACUAUGCAACUUGUGCCUGGCCUGUAGAGAGAUUUGUGUGAUUUAUUGACAUUUAAAAUAAAUAAAAGUUGAAAAUGUGA